UGCUCUUUGGGAGGACCCAAGUUCAGUUCCCAGCAUCCACAACUGAAGGAUCACUACUGCCUGUACCUCCAGUUCCACCUUUUUCUGGACUUCACAUGAACCCACACUCACACGUGCACAUACUCACAAAGACACAUACACAUAAUUAAAACAAUAAAAAAAAACACCCUUGGGGGAAAAAGUAGUAAGAAUAAUAGCCAUGCAUCCUACCUCAGGAUUUUGUGGAACACACUGUUUUCACAUCCACAAAUGUCGUGUCUCUUCCGUCAGUAAAACCAGUUGGAAUCACAACUAAUCUGUGCGUUUUCAGUUCCAGUAGUAUUUCAAAACUUUAAAUUAAACAUGUCCAUUUAAUAUCUACCCUUUUCAUAAGUGCGCCUGGUGAAUUUUACAUCACAGCACAUAACUAUUUUUGCGGUUUUCAGCUUUACAAUUGUGUAUGAUUCACGGAAAAGGUGAGUGUGACAAUUUCCUCUGCAACGGACAUCCGAUUUUUCUUAGUGUUGUAAUAAUAAGAUUGGGCUCUAGGCGCCGCUGUUGACCAAUCAGGGAAUGGGAAGGCAAAGCUAUUGAGUCCUUCUCCUGAACCUCUACCACACAAAGCCGAAAGGGAUGGAUACUCACGCAUCCUAAUUCUGGAAAUAAAAAUACCUCCGCUCGCUUUGGAAUAUAUUUUGGAUGCGGACGACCUGGAACGUCGUAGACACAAAAGCUAAUUCAGAAAAAAAUAAACCGGCGCAAGAACCCACGAACUGCACUCACUCGGAGCCAUGGCGAAUCAGCCUCAGAGCCUGGACCGCAGAGCGCUGGUCUCGCUGUGCAUUUUCCUAGGGACCUUGCUGACGUUUGGGACCGGGCAGAUCCGAUACUCGGUGCCAGAAGAGACAGAUAAAGGCUUCUUCGUGGGCAACAUCUCCAAAGACCUGGGGCUGGAGCCCUGGGAGAUCGCGGAACGCGGAGUCCGUAUCGUCUCCAGAGGCGAAAUGCAGCUUUUCGCUCUGAAUCCGCGAGGUGGCAGCUUGGUCACCGCGGGUAGGAUCGACCGCGAGGAGUUGUGUGAUACCUUGUCCUCCUGCUUGCUAAAUUUGGAGAUUCUUGUGGAGGACACCCUGAAGAUUUACGGAGUGGAGGUGGAAAUAAUGGACAUUAAUGAUAACGCCCCCAGCUUCCAGGAAGAGGAGGUGGAGAUCAAAGUCAGCGAGCAUGCUAGUCCUGGAUCGCGAUUUCCUCUUCCUAGCGCUAGGGAUCCAGAUGCCGGGAUGAACUCCCUCCAGAGCUACCAGCUCAGCCCCAGUAGUUACUUUUCCUUGCAGGUAAGAGGCGGAACUGAUGGGGACAAGAAUCCAGAGCUAGUGCUGGAGGAAGGCCUGGAUCGGGAGAAAGAGGCUUCUCACCACCUCCUCCUCACAGCCUUAGAUGGGGGAGAUCCCAUCCGCAAGGGCACGGUUCCCAUUCGCGUGGUGGUCCUGGAUGUAAAUGACCACAUCCCAAAGUUUACACAGUCUGUGUAUAGAGUGAGUAUUCCCGAAAACCUCAGCUCUGGAACUCGGGUGCUUGUGGUGAACGCCACAGACCCAGACGAGGGUAUAAACGGAGAAGUGGCGUACUCAUUCCGGAAAAAGAAAAGCAAAGCUUCUGAAAUAUUUCAGUUGAAUUCUCAAACUGGAGAAGUUCUAGUCGGAAAGCCUCUGGAUUUUGAAAAAUACAGAUUCUAUGAGAUGGAAAUUCAAGGCCAAGAUGGUGGAGGACUGUUGAGCACCACCACGCUGCAGAUCACAGUUACAGAUGUGAAUGAUAACACUCCAGAGAUAACUGUCACCUCUUCCAUUAACUCAGUGCCGGAAAACUCUCCUUCAGGUACAGUAAUUGCUCUUUUAAACGUUCAGGAUCAAGAUUCUGGAGAAAAUGGUCAAGUCACUUGCUUCAUUCCUAAUGGUCUUCCUUUUAAGUUAGAAAAGACGUAUGGAAAUUAUUAUAAACUGAUAACAAAUAGUGAGCUGGAUCGGGAGCAAGUGGAGAGCUACAAUAUUACAUUAACCGCCAAAGAUCAAGGAAGUCCACCCUUGUCUACAGAAACUCACCUCCUGCUCAAAGUGGCAGAUGCCAACGACAACCCUCCAGUUUUCACUCACCCCUCUUACUCUGCCUACAUUCCUGAAAACAACCCCAGAGGCUCUUCCAUCUUCUCGGUGACCGCGGUUGAUAGAGAUAGCAGAGAAAAUGCCCAGGUCACUUACUCUCUGGCUGAGGACACCAUCCAGGGGACACCUCUGUCCUCUUACGUUUCCAUCAACUCAGACACCGGUGUGUUGUAUGCCCUGCAGUCCUUCGACUACGAGCAGUUCCAAACUCUACAACUGGGAGUGACUGCUAGUGACAAUGGCGACCCACCACUAAGCAGCAAUAUUUCGCUGACCUUGUACGUGCUGGACCAGAACGACAACACUCCAGAGAUCCUGUACCCCUCUCUCCCCACUGAUGGCUCCACUGGUGUGGAAUUGGCGCCCCGCUCUGCAGAGCCCGGUUAUUUAGUGACCAAGGUGGUGGCGGUGGACAGAGUCGGGCAGAACGCCUGGCUGUCCUACCGUCUGCUCAAGGCCAGCGAGCCAGGGCUCUUCUCGGUGGGGCUGCACACAGGGGAGGUGCGCACUGCCCGCGCCAUGAUGGACAAAGAUGCUCUCAAGCAGAGCCUCGUCGUCUCUGUACAGGAUCACGGCCAGCCUCCCCUCUCCGCCACAGUCAGGCUCACCGUGGCGGUGGCUGACAGCAUCCCGGACGUUCUGGAGGACUUGGUUAGUCUGGAGACUCCCACCAACCCGGAUGAGUCAGGCCUCACCCUGUACCUAGUGGUAGCCGUCACGUCAGUCUCUUGCGUCUUCCUCAUCUUCGUCAUGGUUUUGCUGGCUCUCAGGCUUCGGCGCUGGCACUCCUCGCGUCUGCUCCAGGCUGCCAGCGGAUUGGCUGGCAUGCCUCCGUCGCAUUUUGUAGGCGUGGACGGGGUGCGCGCUUUCCUCCAGACCUAUUCCCACGAGGUUUCGCUCACAGCGGACUCGAGGAAGAGUCACCUGAUCUUCCCGCAGCCCAACUACGCAGACACGCUCAUCAGCCAGGAGAGCUGUGGGAAAAGCGAGCCUCUCCUGAUAGCUGAAGACCCAGCUACCGUUUUAGGCAAAUGUGACCCGACAGAUAGUCAGGUGAGAUAUAGUUCUUUGCCUCCCAAUUGUUGUUGUUUUGGCUAAGGCCUUGAAGGGUCUUUUGCUGAGCUGGUUAUGAAAAUUAGGCUUGGGUAGAAAUAACUAGUCAUACAUAUUUAGAAAACGUAUUCGUUGGU